AUGUUCUCGACAUUCACCGGCAACUCGCGGCGCCCUCGCAACGUCAACCUGAGCGGGCAGGCCAGUAACCCGUUUGACAACGCACUAUGGAGUCCAGCUGCAGCAUCAAACGCCACCAAGACCGUGUCCGAUGCUCAGGCCGAACGAGAGAAACGUCACUUGGAGAGACAAAGGUUAAAGGCAGCCGGCAAAAUCCAAAAGACGUGGCGUGGCCACCGCACCAGGCGUGCCAUGGCAGAUAGUCAAAGGGACGCCUUUGAUGAUUUGUAUCAAUCUCCCUCAUCACCAGCUGCGGCGCUUGAGCGCCUGCCUUUGGCGUUCAAUUUGUUACUCUCUUUCUAUACCAAACGGUCCUCCCGAGAUAUUCAACGAACAUGCAACUUCGCCCAAGAUUGCGCAUCAGCUGGCAUCCAACACAUAACUCCGCGGGAUACUCUCAUUUCCCGCCUCUCGUCCUUGAAUGAUAUACUAAUCCACGCACUUAGUGUCGUGGUCUCGCCAAAGGCCCCGAAUCAUGACUUUGUCGUCCUGCUAAAGCUCAUCUCCAGACUCGCAUCCUACGACACGCGUACCAUCAUAAAUUCGAUCGAAACGUAUUAUACGGUGCUUGCCCGUCUUUUUCAGGACGAACAGAAUGAAACCGUCGCAGACCUCCUGUUUGACUCACUCACAAUUCCCCUUCAAAUAGAGUCAGAAGCUGAAUCUAACGCUAUUUACAAAGUUUUUACUUUCAAUUUCCUCGCUCAGGGCAACUUGAUUUUUCUCGAAAACAAUCCGUCCCGUUUAUCAGAACGCAUCAAGGCCAGCAAGCUUGCGGAUGCAAUCCAACUCGUUUACGAAUCCUGCUCUGAACUAAACUCCCCAACAGACAGACUCUUGUGGCUAUUAGCACACUUUAUCAGCCUCCGGCGCGUCUCUCUUGACUCUUCUGCCGAAUUGUUGUAUCUGAAUGCGCUCCUCAUUCAGUUGACAUAUCUCUCGUCAGAUAUCAGCCUCAGGAUGAGUCUAAAAGGCAGAGCCGAAGAGGACACCGAUGCAACCGAGGAUCUAGCCUUGCAACCUCUGGAUACAUACAUCCAACAACAGCUGCUCUCGCUUGUAGACCAUGAGGGCAUCUCGAAAACUCUGCGGGAAUUUUCAUACAACUUGGCUCACUCUGCUACAGCGGACUCUCAUGGGACUAGUCUUCUCGCUGGAUACAUUCUCACGCUGCUGCAUAGCUUUCCAGCCAACGCCGACGACACGAGAAUGCGCUUGUUCCGUGGAGAAAUCCCCUCAUCCUCCGGGCCUAUUCCCAUGAUCAAGUUCUUGUGGCAAAUAAUGAGACAGACAACGGUGUUCUCAAAGCUGCUAAACGAUUCGGAGAGCCCACUGGAGGUUAUCCGCCGAUAUCUCCAAGGAACACCUCAGCUACUCGAAGAAAACAGGGAAGAGCAAGAGUGGCGAGUGAUGCUUUUAUUUUUGGAUUUGUACACAUUCAUCCUGCGGCUCAGCGACGACGAAGAUUUUUUCAGUGGCAUCACCACUCACCCCAUGGACAUCGACUCACCCACGUCUCACCUUCGCCAAUGCAGCCUGUCCCUGAGGGAUGUCGAGAUGCUCUCCGUUUUCCUCAAGAACACGGCUUUUGUGCUGCAUUACAAUGCCAGAGACCUUGCUCAGUUCCAGAAGGCACUCGACGGCGCAACAAAAUCUCGCCUUGAUUCGUAUCUUGGAGCAGGGUUUCGCUCUUCGCGAGAUACCGCAGCUCCUGACGUCUCCUUGUCGUCCAUCGCAUCCAAGAAGCUGGAUCUGGAUGGCCUUCGUGCCAUCGUAACUCCAGUCUUGAAGAUGUUGUAUGAAAGAGACUCAAGGAAACACUUUCUCCCCUCCGGUCAUUGGCUGAUGAACGCCAAGCUCGAGCAAGAAGAUUUCGUCAACGCGGUUAUUGCUGAAGAGCAGCGUCAGAGUCAUGAAGACGAGGCAGAAAGUGACGACGAGGAGGGUGCAACGGCUGGUCAAUACUCCACAGUCGCGGGGCAGAGAAUGUCUCGCCAUGCACGAUUAAAGAGGCUCAAGAGACAGCAGCGUGAGCAAGGGCUAGCGGAGAUGAAACCGAAGCUCGAGAUUCUAAAGCACAUGCCCUUUAUUGUGCCGUUUGAGACCAGGGUCCGGAUGUUUCGGCAGUUCAUCAAACUAGACAGGGUUCGGCGUGGUUGGAACGAUUCCGUCCCGAUGCUGCCUUUCUCCAGGCAUCGCGCCGAGAUUAAGCGUGGCCAGCUUUUUGAGGACGCCUUUAAGCAGUUUUACCGGCUAGGUGACAAGCUCAAAGGUGGGAUUCAGAUCACGUUUGUCGACCAGUUUGGCACACCAGAGGCGGGUAUUGAUGGAGGUGGCAUGACCAAGGAGUUUCUCAUCGGUCUCACCACCGAGGCGUUUGGAAACGGGGACGGGGGGUCGGGCAUGUUCAGUUCUAACGAACAAGGCCUAUUGUUCCCCAACCCCACAGCUGUUGACACAGUCCGAGAAGCUCUCCGACAGGAUGGCCUGAGCAAUAACGACACUGGUCGGAAGGAAGCCCUGAGCGGCUUGCUGAAGCGCUUCGAAUUUCUCGGGCGGAUUGUGGGAAAAUGUCUUUACGAAGGCAUACUGGUCGACCUGGCCUUUGCCGGCUUCUUCCUUCUCAAGUGGCAAUCGGUUGGGCCGAAGGGGGAAACCACGUACAAGGGUAGCAUCAAUGAUUUGAGAGACAUGGACGAGGGUCUGUACAAGGGCUUGCUCAGCCUCAAGAACUACGCCGGGGACGUUUCCGAGUUGGGGUUCGAUUUCACCAUCACAGACCAAGUGUCGCCUCCAGGGGAGCCGGUCAGGACAGUAACCCGAAGACUCAUACCCAACGGUGACCAGACGCCCGUCACGAACGACAACCGCCUGCUGUACAUCUCGUACGCGGCUCGCCACAGGCUUGUGAUCCAGCCCGCGCUCCAGACGGCAGCCUUCCUGCGAGGGCUGCGCUGCAUCAUUUGCCCCUGGUGGUUGUCCAUGUUCAACCAGUCCGAGCUGCAGCGCCUGGUGGGCGGCGACUCGUCCGAGAUCGACAUUGAGGACCUGCGACGCAACACCGUCUACAGCGGCCUGUACGAGGUUGGCGACGACAACGAGGAACACCCCACCGUCAAGCUGUUCUGGAAGGUCCUGGACGGCUUCACGGACGGCCAGAGACGCGCUUUUCUCAAGUACGUCAGCUCCACGCCCAGGGCGCCGCUGCUGGGGUUUUCGCAGCUACGACCCAAUUUCAGCAUCAGGGAUGGAGGCACGGAUGAAGACAGGUUGCCUAGCACAAGCACAUGCGUCAAUCUGCUGAAACUGCCGCGAUACACGAGCGAGGCGACUUUGCGAGAGAAGUUGCUCUACGCUGUCACGUCGGGGGCUGGAUUCGACCUGAGCUGA